UAGCUGCCGGGCGGCCGCGGGCGGGAUUGGUCUGGGGCGACGCCGGGACCAAGUGGCAGCGACUCGGACAUCUGAGCUGCCACUGCGGAAAACGGGCCCCCAAGACAGGUGCGUGAACAGUAGGCCACUUUCCCGCUGCUCUUUCCGCCCGGCCUGGGGUGAGGAAUCGGGGUCGUUGCCCCUUCCCCCAAGGCGGGGGUUGCUGGGCCGCACCCCUUUCUUCGGCGACUCGCCAGGCGGAACAGGUUGGGCGCAGAAAACUCAUGCUAGAGAGAAGGUGGAGGAUAGAUUUGGAGAUUGGCAAGACUGGAGCUGAAGAGUUCUAUAGGUCAAAAGUCUGACACAGGAGUCAGUGAGCUAACAUCAAGGUGUCGGCAGGACAUCAUUCCUUACUAGAAGCUCUGGGGAGACUCCACUUCCUUGCUCCAUCAGAUAAUCAAUAUGUAUUUCCAAGGCUUUGGGCUAUGUUUGGGUCUUCUGUUCAUCUCAGUUAAUGCAGAAUUUAUGGAUGAUGGUGUUGAGAUGGAAGACUUCAAUGAAAAUUCAGAAGAGAUUGAUAUUAAUGAAGUUGAACUCUCCUCAGAGAUCAAAUACAAGACACCUCAACCUAUAGGAGAAGUAUAUUUUACCGAAACUUUUGAUAGUGGAAGGUUGGCUGGGUGGGUCUUAUCAAAAGCAAAGAAAGAUGAUACAGACGAGGAGAUUUCUAUAUAUGAUGGAAGAUGGGAAAUAGAAGAAUUGAAAGAAAACCAAGUACAUGGUGACAGAGGACUGGUGUUGAAAUCUAGAGCAAAGCAUCAUGCAAUAUCUGCUGUGUUAGCUAAACCUUUCAUUUUUGCUGAUAAACCUUUGAUAGUUCAAUAUGAAGUAAAUUUUCAAGAUGGUAUUGAUUGUGGAGGUGCAUACAUUAAACUCCUAGCAGACACUGAUGAUUUGAAUCUGGAAAACUUUUAUGAUAAAACAUCCUAUACCAUUAUGUUCGGACCAGAUAAAUGUGGAGAAGAUUAUAAACUUCAUUUUAUCUUCAGACAUAAACAUCCCAAAACUGGAGUUUUUGAAGAGAAACACGCCAAACCUCCAGACGUAGACCUUAAAAAGUUCUUUACAGACAGGAAGACUCAUCUUUAUACCCUUGUGAUGAAUCCAGAUGACACAUUUGAAGUAUUAAUUGAUCAAAUAGUCGUAAACAAGGGAAGCCUGCUAGAAGAUGUGCUUCCUCCUAUCAAUCCUCCCAAAGACAUCGAAGACCCCAGCGACGAAAAGCCCGACGAGUGGGAUGAAAGAGCAAAGAUCCCAGAUCCUUCUGCCGUCAGACCAGAGGACUGGGAUGAAAGUGAACCUGCCCAAAUAGAAGAUGUAAAUGUCGUUAAACCUGAUGGCUGGCUUGAUGAUGAACCAAAAUUCAUUCCAGAUCCUAGUGCUGAAAAACCUGAUGACUGGAAUGAAGACAUGGAUGGAGAAUGGGAGGCUCCUCGUAUUUCUAACCCAGCAUGUCGGAUUGGGUGUGGCGAGUGGAAACCUCCCAUGAUAGAUAACCCAAAAUACAAGGGAGUGUGGAGACCUCCAAUGAUAGAUAAUCCUAACUACCAGGGAAUCUGGAGUCCUCGAAAAAUUCCUAAUCCAGAUUACUUUGAAGAUGAUCACCCAUUUCUUCUGACCUCGUUCCGUGCUCUUGGUUUAGAGCUUUGGUCUAUGACCUCCGAUAUCUACUUUGAUAAUUUUAUUAUCUGUUCGGAAAAGGAAGUAGCAGAUCGCUGGGCUGCAGAUGGUUGGGGAGUGAAAAUAAUGAUAGCAAAUGCUAAUGAGCCUGGUAUAAUUAAACAGUUAAUGGCAACGGCGGAAGAACGCCCGUGGCUUUGGCUCAUUUACCUUGUGACAGCGGGGCUUCCGGUCGCACUAAUUACUUCGUUUUGUUGGCCGAGAAAAGUGAAGAAAAAAUACGAAGAUGCAGAGUAUAAAAAAACUGACAUAUGUAAACCACAAACAAAGGGAGCACUAGAGCAAGAAGCGAAGGACGAGAAAGCAGCCCUCGAGAAACCAGCAGACUUGGAAGAGGAAAAACAGCAAAGUGAUGGUGAAAUUCUUGAAAAAGAAGAAGAAGGUGAACCUGAGGAAAAGAGCGAAGAAGAAGUCGAAGUCAUAGAAGGACAAGAAGAAGGUGAUAAGUCGAAUAAGUCUGGAUCAGAGGAUGAGAUGAAGGAGGCGGACGAGAGCACAGGAUCGGGAGAUGGGCCAGUGAAGUCCGUGCGCAAAAGAAGAGUACGGAAGGAGUGAACGGGGCUCAGACUCCCAGUUCCUGAAGAGCGACGUCUGGCGAUCCCGAAGCGGUGUGCCAGAGCCGAGCCGGAACCAGCCUGCGCAGCCCGUUUCUCCUGUCUACCAAUGUUAUUCUUUCAGAUACCUAUUUUAGUCUUUUCAGGAAAAAAAAAAAAAAAAACUUUGAAAUUACCUGGUCUUUGAAUUUAGAAUAAAAGAAAAAUGGCACUUACAUAUCAGAUUUAAGAGGUUUAUAUUAUUAGAAGUUACACAGUUUUAAUAAUUUGGAGAAAGUUUUGGUUUGUACAGAGCAAAAGAAUAUGCAGUGGCUUCCGGCUUAUUGGAAAAAUGGGUUAUUGCGAUUUCCUCGUAAACAGCUCUACCACAGGAUAACUGGUAGUUCUGCGAUGAAGAGGAGCAUGUGUUCUGUUGUACAGAGCUAACUGCAAUAAAGUUUCUGUGUGGUGGUUUAAUUCUAUCAACAAUCGAAAGUGUUGUAUGUGACCCCUAUUUUAACCUAGUUUGUGUCAAAUUACAGUUGUGGUCCAUUGACUUAAAUUAUAGAUCCCUUUAAAGAGGUGCUUUGCUGACAGAUGAGUCAACAGAAAUGUCUAAAGUCAUUCACAGAAUCACUGGUUAAUAGUGCAGCAUAUUUUACAUUUGAAUACAAAGAUAGCAGGUUUAUCAAAACAACAGAUUUUUUUCAAGCUUUUAGUUUUAUGCCAGAAUGGUUUACACGACUCAUAUUGCUUAUGUAUCCAUUGCUCUUGAAAAUACAUUUUUUUCUUCUUUAAUUUAUACCCUCUUUAGUAGGUAGAUUGUUGGGGUGCUUUACAUUAUUUUUUCUGAUCAUUGAGAGAUUCUAAUGGCUAAUAGAUAUCAAUCAUCAUGUUUUAUAUUUUUGUAUUUUAUUUUAAAUUGCUUUUUUUCUGAUAAAUUCAAAUCUAAGUCUACUGUCUCAUCUAGCUUCAAAGCUGCCUGAGGUAGAUAGCAACUAUCACUCUUGCUCCUCUUUUUAAAGUACAGUAACUACCAAAAGUGACAGGAUGACGUUAUAAUGGAGCUGUAUUGUUCCAUGUAAAAUAUUUUAAGGAGUUUUUGUUUGGGUAACAGGUUAGAUCCUUUGGAAAGUGAUCUAAAUCUUUGAGACCACAAAACUACUUUAAAAUUCUAUCUAGAGAAUUUUAAAUUGGUUGCACGAUAUUUUGGAUUCCUUCCUGGUCAUAUACACCCCAUCUCUGGGCAAGCACCAACUACAUUCCCGUACAAUCCCCUUCGCAAUAGGACAUUUAGAGCUUACGUAUAAGGAAAAUGAGUCUCUAACUUCCCCUGUACUAACGGAAGCCAAACAUAGCCGGUAAUACCGUCCACUCCUAGAGAGUGAUUUGCAAAUGAAUAUAAGUUCAUUCCAUUGCUGUGUUCUGAACUUACAUAAAUUGGUGGUGGCAAUCUUAAUACAUCGUUGACCAUACUUUGUAUUUCUUCAAAUACGGAGAAACUUAACGGAACUUAACCCAUCUUGCAAGGACUCCCUUUCUUGCUUUGUAUUUGGAAUGUCCAGAUGAACUAGACAUUAAAUGAUUCUACAUGAGAAUGUUUCUGAAAGUAAACAACUUCAGGAGAUAAAUCCUGCAAUUUUAUGGAAACCUUCUUGCCUGACAGGUAUCUUGUAUGUGAACAUUAUUUUUUCUAAAGAUUUAUUAAAGCUUUUUAUACUUCUCGAUA